UCUCGUCAAGCAAUCCUUUCUCUCAAGGUAUCCGUUACAACUCCCUCACGCUCCUGUCCCACUUAAAUUAUAAUAGUAGAAUUUAUUUCCCUUUUCAACAAGCAGUACAUGAUUCCUUACACACUUUUUCUAUUACAACCCCGCUCCCCUUUCACUCUUCAUUAUAUCUUUUACAACGUUAAGUUUUGUAUACUUCAAAGCAUCCAAUGAACUCUUCUCUUUCAAAUUCCACACUUUCAACUCCAUUGUUGUUUGAACCAUCAACAUCUAGCACAAGCACCUCAACCAGCAGAAGUGGCAGUACCAACAGUGACACAGAUGACACUCCCUUUUCUUCAAAACAAUUUGAGCUGCAACAUGUCAAGCAUCAAUUCUCAUUCAUACCCUUUUCUGGUUUUCAUUCUCAUCGUUCACUGGCUGUUCUUUCUGGCCAUGUUGGUGUUGUUUCUUGCUUGGCCUUGUGUGGAGAGUUCAUACUGAGUGCUUCAGAGAGCAAUGAUAUCAUAGUGUGGCAGCAACCUGAUAUGAGGCUUUUCACAAAGUUUGGAAGAGGAGAUGGUUCUGUCAAAGCCCUUGUAACUUCUGGGAACAAGGUUUUCACUGCACAUCAAGAUGGGAAGAUCAGGGUUUGGAAGGUGUCAAGGAGCUCAGAGAAUGUGUUCAAGCUUGUUGAUACCCUUCCCACAAAAAAGGACUAUUUGGGGAAGUUUAUGAAGCAGGGUAACUAUGUCCAAACAAGAAGGAACCAUAAGCGUUUGUGGAUUGAGCAUGCUGAUAGUAUUUCUUGCUUGACAGUGUAUAAUGGGUUGAUUUAUUCUGGGUCUUGGGAUAAGACCCUUAAGAUAUGGAGGCUCUCCGAUUUCAAGUGUUUGGAGUCCAUUAAGGCUCAUGAUGAUGCAGUUAAUGGGUUGGUAGCAUGUAAAGGUAUUGUGUAUUCUGCUUCUGCAGAUGGGAAGAUCAAAGCUUGGGGAAGGGGAAAGAAUACCUCUCAUUGUUUGAAAGGAAUUCUGGAGGGUCAUAAAGAUGUUUCUUUUAAUUCUGUCAUUGUUUCAGAUGAUGGAAAAUGGGUUUAUGGGGGGAGUUCAGAUGGUUUUGUAAUGGGGUGGGAGGGGAGUGGGAAUUUUGAGAGUUGGAAGCUGGUUUGUGAAACCAAGGCACAUGAAAUGGCUGUUUUGUGUAUGUGCCUAAUGAGUGAGUUAUUGUGCAGUGGCUCAGCAGAUAAAAGCAUAGGAAUUUGGAAGAGAGAGGUUUUUGGUAAACUUUGUAAAAUUAGGGUGAUAAGUGGGCAUGAAGGGCCAGUGAAGUGUUUGCAAGCUUCAACUAAUAGGAUUGGUGGUGGGUUUUUACUCUAUAGUGGAAGCCUUGACAGAAGCUUGAGAGUUUGGUGGAUCCAAUUCCAAGGUACACUGCUGAAGUAGAAGACAACUCUACCACACUUGGCACACUGAAGAAAUCCAUCAUCUCCUUUUAGGAAAAUUGUGAAGUUUGAGUAGUGAAGCACAGGAUCUCUCUUUACAGUAUCUGCUGUGCUAGGUUUGGGAAAAACACAGUUACUUCAAACUCAAACAGCUAGGAGAAAGGAAAAGUUGAAGCUCUUGUCUCUUGGAAUUGCAGUUUUGUUUUUCUGUUCCACAUUUCUUUAUUUUAAAACUUUUAUCUGAGAGUUUAUUGUAGAAUUUUAGGGGUGAAAUUUAGGGGGCUUGCUUUAUUUGCUAUUGUCUUGUCAGUGAAGUAAUUAGGUGGACAUAGCUGAGUGGAGUGAUUAUACAAUUUUUUUUUUUUUUUUUUCGUAUUUCUCUACAAA